UUGGCUUGCAAAAGGAAAAGAGCCGGAGACAGAGAGAGGCAAAAGGUCGAUCAAAUCUAGGUUUAGAAUUAGCGAAGAAGAAAAAUGGAGGGUUGGGACCCCAGCACGAAGUCCACGCUGACCCAAAUCCCUUUGCUUACGACGAAAGCCGGACCAAGGGAUGGAGCGCCGUGGACGCAGAGGCUCAAGGAGGAGUACAAGGCCCUGAUCGCCUACACCCAGAUGAACAAGUCCAACGACAACGAUUGGUUCCGAAUUUCCGCAGCCAAUCCUGAAGGAACGCGUUGGACUGGCAAGUGCUGGUACGUCCACAACCUCCUCAAGUACGAAUUUGACCUCCAGUUCGAUAUCCCAAUUACGUACCCUGCCACCGCCCCUGAACUUGAGCUUCCCCAGCUCGACGGAAAGACGCAGAAGAUGUAUAGAGGGGGAAAGAUCUGCUUAACCGUGCAUUUCAAGCCUCUUUGGGCCAAGAACUGGAUCGGUGGUAUAAUUCUUCUAGGAAUAUGUGGUAACUGAAAGAAAUCUGUUUUAAGAGUUUGUAUACUUAUACUUAUGUGGAAUUGUAAAAGAAUUUGAACUCUUAAUAUUAGAUUAGAUCACUUGGUGGGUUCAGUUUUCUUUUGAUUUCCUAUGUAUAUUCAUUUUCAUAUGAAGGAACUGAUUUCUAUAAAGAUUUUUGGUUUUAUAAUUGGGCUCAAUUCUUUUAAGAAUAUGUGGGAACUGAAAGAAAUCUGUUUCUAAAGUUGGUGUGAAAUAUACUCAUGUUUAAUUGUGAAAGAAUUUUGAACUCUUAAGGAACUGAACUCGAAUAGAUUAGAUUACUUGGUGGGUUCGGUUUUCUUUUUAUUUCUUAUGUAUAAUGAUCUUCAUAUGAAAGAAUUGAAAGAAAUAUGUUUGUAGAGUUUGUGUUACAUUAUACUUAUGUAGAAUUGUAAAAGAAUUUGAAUUCUUUAAUGAACUGAAUGGAAUUAGACUAGAUUAAUUGGUGGAUUAGGUUUUCUUUUGAUCUUUAGUAGUGAUUUGGAAGGUAAAGGAACAAAAACUAUUGGAAUACAUCUCUUGCAGAUGGAUUAUUCCCCUUUUUGUAGGAAGUAUUGCACUAAAGGAAUUGUUUUGAGGAAAUCGUUUACAGUAUUACUAUGUAUUAGGUUUUUAUUUACUAUUUAUAACCCUAUAGAAGAUUAAUAUUAUACAUAUGCAAUUCAAUUGUCCUGUAAAUUAUUUGUUAAUCAUUGAGAAUGGUGGGUUUAGUUUACUGGAAUGGGAAUGAGAACAAUUCCCAUUUCGUUUUUCUUUUUCUUUUUUUUCUUUUUUUUCUUUUUUUUUGGGGGGGGGGGGGCUUUUCUUUAAUAAUCUGUAAUGGAAAAUUGGGGACCUUUGGAAUCCAAUUCCAAAGGAACAGGGAAUCCAUCUCUGGACCUCCCAUGAGAAUCCAAUUACAGCCUCUCAUGUGAAUCUGAUUCCCGUUCUUGAGUUUUUGUAUUUGUACUUUUCCAUUUUUAUCGUUGUAUUUCCUACCUGCUAUUCUUUUUCUUAAAUGAAAUUUGUUGACUAAUAUGCUCAUAAAUACA